GUUUCCACAUCCAAUACCAGCUGACGUCACUAUUGGCAGAUGCAUCAUUCCACAUCACUGAAUAACUGGAGGAGAUCAUCACAAGCUCUGUCUGUUUGAAUGCAUCUCUAUAGGAUUAUUGGCGAGUGUACAUGCUACUAUUUUAACUUUAUUGACUUUUUUUUUUACCACACCUCCUCCUCUCGUACUUCCUGUGAAAGAGUCAGCUAUGUUCUCCUCGUCCAAACCCUCCCUACUUUUGCCCUGGACCUCCAUGGAUCAAGCUGACUCGGACGCUUUGGAUAUCAGCACUAAAGUGCAACUGCAUGGGGUUCUGUGGAAGAGACCUUUCGGGAGGCCCUCAGCCAAGUGGUCCCGCAGAUUCUUCAUCAUCAAGGAUAGUUUUCUUUUGUAUUAUGCUGAGAACGAGAAAAAAAGCUUUGAGACCAAUAGAUACUUCAACAUUCACCCCAAGGGGGUGAUUCCAUUAGCUGGAUGCAUCGUCGAGCCAAGAGAAGAUCAAGGCAUGCCAUUUGCCAUGGUUAUCAACCAUGAAGACUUCACAGGAAACAUUGUCCUGGCUGCUGAAUCAGAGCCAGAGCAGAGCCAAUGGGUGGAGAUGCUACAAGAGUCAGGAAAAGUCACUUGGAAGAAUGCUCAGUUGGGUGAGGCUAUGAUUGAGAGUCUUGAAGCUCAGGGGCUACAGUUGGCUAAAGAAAAGCAGGAAUACUUGGGUAUGGCCACAUCUUUUUCUUUUCUUCUUUUAGCCAAAUGUUUUCCUUCUUUUGUUAUAAUGAAGUUCUGGCUUGUUAUUAUCCAUGAGGUGAAAAAAAUGAUCCAUAACAAAAGUCUGACUCUGUCUCUUCAGGAGUUAUCCCAAGAGAAAAAGCGUACCCUCGAGCUGCUGCGAGAAAGAGGACAGGAUGUGGCUGAAACAGGAAGUGAUCGGCGGGCAUCUUUAGACUCUCAGAAUCCAGAGGUGCAGCUUCAGGGCAACCUGCGGCAAAUCGAGGAGCAGAUGAAGAGCAUGCUUAAAGAGAAAGAACAGGCAGAAGAAAGGCUGAAAGAGAAUGAAAAGCGAGCCAAAGUUCUGCAGGAGGAGAGGGAGUUUUAUUCUUCUCAAGCUCAAGCUCUCCAGCAGUCGCUCACACAGCUCACAGUAGACAAACAGCACACAGAGGAAGAGCUGAAGGCAGAGAUGGAGUCUCGUGUAGAACUGGAGCGUAGGCUGAAAUUGGCUGAGGAGGCUCUGCAAGAUCUAGAGCAGGGUCUAAAUGCAAUAGAACGCACCCAUGAGAGGGAUGAAAGAAUGAAAGGAGACGUCAGCCAUCUCCGCAAGUUCUUUGAGGAAUGUAUCUGUGCGGCGGAGAUUGAGGCCAAGUUACCGUCCAUCAUGAAGAACGCAGUGUAUCUGCAUAAAGCUGCUGCUCGACGCAUCAAAAGUUGCCGUAUCCAGAGACGGGCCUCCAGACAGCACUGGUUGAAGCACUCUCAAUCAUUUGCCUCCUCUCGCGGUGCCUCCUCCAGCAGUCUUGAAGAGUUGAGAGAAACUGCCCGGCGCCUGACUUCAGACAGCUGUUUGAGACAGCGGGCCUACAAGAUCAUCACCUACCAGAAGACCGUUCAGUCUGAGGACUAACAGUGUUCUGACAGAUGGACUGAGAGAGGGGAAGCUGUUUUGUCAUCCUGCUCUGUGCUGUGCAACUUCUGGUGAAUGUUAUCAUAAUUCAGUAAGGGAAAUCUGCACAUGCAGUGUGCCAUCAUACUUUGGGACUGUGUGUCCUUCUUAUUGUGUCCAUGUAAAUGUAAAACACUGUAGAAUAAUAAAACGAUAUGAAAUGUCUAAAUAUUUGCUUUUAGUGAGAAUAA